AGUGCACGCUGGCUCACCGCGCCAGUAGGACUACUCUAUUCUUCUCCUUAAGCUCCAAUCUGACAGCUAUAAAACCUCUCCUCUAAUAUUCGUCACCAUUUUGCUCCACACUAAUCGUCCUUCUCUACAAAACAUUCUCUUAUAAUACAAUCUCAUCCAUAUACAUCUUCAAAUCGACAGUCACAUAAGAUCGAUAGUCGCGCGUAUCGUGAACUCGAACUUGAAAUCGAAAUCGAUAUCGUAUAGGUUAACAGUAGUAGAUCGAAGGGUUUUCACACGAUCAGGAUGCCGGCAGACGCUGAGCUCAGUAAUCUGCUUAGCAGGAGGCAAAGGAUCAACGAGGAGCUGGAGGAAGGAAAAGAAGUGAAAAAGCAAUACAAAUUCGUGAACGUUUACACGGAGUUCCACGAGCUGUCCCGUCGCGAGAUCAAGCAGUAUGAGCAGACCUUCAACAGGUUCGACGCGGGUCACGAUGGAUUCUUGGAUCUAUCCGAGUUGAAACGCAUGAUGGAGGUUUUAGGAGCGCCGCAGACCCACCUGGGUUUGAAGGCAAUGAUACAGGAAGUGGACGAGGAUGGCGAUGGACGGAUUUCCUUUCGCGAGUUUCUACUAAUCUACCGCAAAGCACGUGCUGGUGAAUUAGAACAGGACUCUGGGUUGGGCCAGCUUGCACGUCUUACAGAGGUCGACGUGGAUGAAGUAGGAGUAACAGGGGCUAAACACUUCUUCGAGGCCAAGAUCGAGCAGUUACGGAAGGCGAGCAAAUUCGAGGAUGAGAUCCGCAUGGAGCAAGAGGAACGAAAGCGGGAAGAGGAGGAAAAAGCGGCGAGACGAGCGCAAUUCAGGCAGAAGGCGGCUCUGUUUGGCAAUUGAAAGGGAAAUUCGUGAAUCGAAAGUGUGCUCCUUCUGUACCUUAGCGGAAUUACAAACGAUUACUUAAAUUCGAUUCACUCUAGUUUCGUAUAGAAAUUCGCCGACCGAUAUAAUUGCGUAUAUCGACUAUGGUUUUGUAAUUGUGUGGUGUUGAAAUCGGCGAAAAAGUUUUUUACUCUUAUUUCAAGACUCCGAAUAAAAAAAUAUGAUAAGUCGUAUUAUAUGAUUUUUACAUGAAAGCCAUUUUAAAACUUGUUAUAUCGACAGUUAAUACUUUUUCAUUUUAUUUUGAGAUUAAGUGUGUAUUUUUGACAUCCUCUUGAGUAUUUAAGAAAUAUUAAAAACAUUAAUCAUGCAGACUAGUAAUAAUGAAAGCUAGUUAGAUUAACAUUAUUUCUUUCUUACAGAAUAUUGUCGAUUAAUCACUUAUUUUCAAAAGACUUGUAACUAUUAAGUUAUUCUUCUUCUCUCAACUGUCUAAUGUUAAAAUACCUCGUAUCGAGUGGUAUAAAAGUCAGAAAAUGAAUAAAAAUAGACUUAUCAUAUUUUUGUAGUCUCUGUCUGUUUUAAGUUUGCGGAGGAUUUUUAAUCAACUGAUAUAGCGACGCUAUUUUUAAGAGAAUUUUAACGUUUGCACAUCGCCAAUACCAAUAAUCACACUUAUGUUUCACUAAAAAAAAUUUCGAAACAAUCUUUAUAAGAGUCAGUAUCGUAGAGAUUAAUAUGAAAUUUGGAAAUGAAAUUCAUUUAGCGAUGUUGUAGCAUCAAAUUUUAGAAAAUGAAAUAUUAAAUGUGAAUCGUCCUCGAAUGGUUUGGCACUGUGUUAAAGCUCCGAAUUCUGGAGAUGACCUUUUUAAUUAUUUUAUUAUAUACGAGAAGUAUUAGCUGUAAAAAUUAAAAGCACUUGUUAUAGGUAUGAUUUACAUUUUAUACUCAAAAUACCACGCACUUGAAAUCGUUAAAUAAAUUAGGAAGAUCAAAGGAAAUGCUUUUAUUGGAAAGUUUGUUAGGUUUGAUCAGUUUAGACUAUUCUCGAUAAAGCGGGCUAUAAAUAAUUUUUAACGAAUGCACGACUGAUA